UGUAAUCAUUACAAGACCGGACGAGGGAGCGGCGAGACUCUAAUUUAUUCGCCAGAUUCAAAGUGUACCAACCAACCAUCCAUGAUGCAGAAUCUCAGUUCAAUGAGGUAUUGUGUUCUGAGGCAAUACAAGUUGCGGGCAAUGAGAGCCGUUACGGAGGUCAAAGGUCAGAGGUCAGCUAGCUCUAUGUCUAGCCUGACAAGGAAAGAGAUGAUAGACCGGAUCAUCAGGGUGGAUCACGCUGGAGAGGUCGGAGCCGAUAGGAUCUAUGCGGGUCAGCUUGCUGUACUCAAGAAUACAUCAGUAGGACCACUCAUACAGGAAAUGUGGGACCAAGAGAAGCAUCACAAGGAGACAUUUGAGAGACUGAUCCCAGAACGCAGAGUACGUCCCACAGCUCUGUUGCCAAUCUGGAAUGUUGCAGGCUUUGUCUUAGGUGCUGGUUCAGCUCUGAUGGGAAAGGAAGCUGCCAUGGCCUGUACAGUAGCAGUAGAAGAAUCUAUAGGAGAACACUAUAAUGACCAGAUCCGUGCACUGAUCGAGGACGAUCCUGAGGUUCACAAGGAGCUAUUAGAAAUCAUCAAGGAAUUUAGAGAUGACGAGCUUGAACAUCUUAAUACAGGGCUUGAGAAUGAUGCAAAGAAGGCACCCAUGUACUCCACAAUGGAUGCGGUCAUCAAGACGGGAUGUAAGGCUGCUAUAUGGCUCUCAGAGAGAAUAUAAGACUUAAGACAUAUCGGUAACCGCCUUUCUUGCUUCAGAAGACAUGGUUCAGUUGUCCCAACAAUCUUUCUGCCUGGAAUUCCCAUAUAGAAAGGACUCUAGACCUUUGUCUUAAGCUGAAAUUUGGAGGACCUUUGGAAUUUGCUUAUUGGGUACUUGGUAGGAUGCGAAUUUCUGUGUAGCUUGAUAAAAUCCUGUUGGAAAAUUGGAAUGUUCCCAGGGAGUGGAGAAAGUGCAUGCAUUGUGCGUGGGUUUGCCUGCUAGAAUCCCAAGAUCUAGUGCUUUUUACACCUUGUUUCUAAGCGCUUAACAUGGCAAUUAUUAUUUCCCUAGUCAUCGGAUCCUGGCAUGCCCGCUCACAAUGUAUGCACUUUCUCCAAUCCCUGGACUCCCUGAGGAGCAUAUCAACAAGAGUUCCAAGACUCAAUUGCUAGGCAUACUACGUAGGCUUUCACAUCCUACCAUGUACCCAUUAACACCUGGGUGGAGAGUGGCAAAUUGCGGAUUCACGCCUUGCCAAAGGACGCUAGGCGGCAGUGGGAUUCGAACACAAACCCCUUUGAUUGCAAGGCGAGAGUCAGAACCACUACACCACGACGCUUCUGAUGUAGUGCUUUAUUAAAAUGGAAAAAUAUUAUUAUUAUUAUUAUUAUUAAGAUGAUAUGAGGGAUGCAAUCAACUAGAAAGGUUCUAGUCAUCUGUUUGCAUAUUUGCAUUAUAACCUUGUUGGUGCUUGAGGAAUUUGAAUUUGCAAAUUCUAAUCCUUGCUCCUCAUACCUGCUUUGAUGGAUUUUUGUGAAUUGGACAGGGAAAAGAAGGUUUCUUUCUCUUUAGAAGACAAACUCUGCUAGAUACAGAUUUAGCAUUAUAUGAAAUUUUUCUUUUAACUGUAGCAGGGUUGAAACAUAUCAGUUUUCAGAGAACUAUGAAUAUUUUUACUUUUCCUCAUGUUUCAAACUGACGUAGGUCAGCAACAUUUGUGUACAAAGUCAAUUACAUUAAAUUAAACCCUAAAAAAAGAAGUUCACAGGGAUCAUUAAUAAAUUGAAACUAGAAAUUUAAAGCCUUGUUUAAAUAUGAUGAGACAAAGCAAGCAGAACUUUUCAUAUUGUUCUAGUGCUUUGCUAUAUUUCAUUAUUAUGAAAAUUAUGAGAUAUUGAAUAUUCGACAAUGGUUUUAUGAAAAUGUUGAUAUGUGUCAUUUUUCAAAUAUAGACUGCAAUAGAUUGUAAGUCCUGAAGUGGACACAUUAAUUAUUGAGCUACAAUACCUUUCUCCCUGCAUAAAACUGAAAGCUGUCCUAUUUAAAAAAAAGAAGGAAAUUCUGGUCUUUAGCAAAGAGCAUGAACACUGUUGUUUCCAGUUAAUGAGAGUUCCAGUCAUAUCUAAAAAAUAAAUAUGUAUGCACAUAUCGUAUGUCAGAUAUUUAAUCCCUUGAACCCUAAAAGCCUUGAUACUGACUUCAAGUCAUGUGAUUGGAAAAGCAAGGGUUUUAGAUAUCAAGUGACCUUUAAAGUUAAUGUCGUUUUAGGAAUAUUCAGUUGAUAUCUUUAGUUCAUUAUUUCGUCAAAGAUUGGCUUUCAUUUAUAAGGUUUUGUCAAAGGCCAAAGCAGUGAAUUUGAGACAAAAUUUGAGAUUAUCGUUAGUACGGAAGCUAAACAACAUCAGCCGGGCCAGGCAAGGUACCUGCGGAGCAAGGUGCCACUGACAUGGCUGGGCUCGAAUCAUGAGAAUAGCAGAUCAUUCAUAUUUCAAAUGUCAUGUAUUCCUUCAUUUAGCCAAUAAUCUUGAUAUCUGCAAAUAAUUUAGGGUGAGGGUCACGACCGUCCCAAAUAAUUUGGGGCUCAAAGGGUUAACUGCCAUAACCGUAUUCAUCCUGAAUAUGAGAGAGAAUUGAAUUUACCUUCAUCUGGUUGUUGCUGAAGAUCAUCAGUGCUCUUUGCCUGACCCAGCACUUCAACGUGAUUUCAUCCCUUUUCUUCCAUUGCAAACAAAAGUUUUGAUAUCUUUGCAACUUGCUGGGCUGCAUCCGGCAGCAUGUAAAAUUGCUGAUGAAUGUGAAGGUCAUGUUCCAUGUAGUUAGCAAGAACAUUCAUCUCAUUCUGUCUGAGAUUGAGAAGUUUUAUCGUAGUGGCAACAUGCUUGUGCAAUCUUGUCAAUCUGAAUAAUGUUGGCUGGAUCGCACUGCACUUUUUGAGCAUGUUCCCUAAGUGUGUCACAUCCUCAGAUGUGAGACAUGAUGUCAGGUCUUGCUAGGGCGAAGAAGUAGCUGUUCUUUUUGUUGACACCAACCUCACUUCUGUACCCCAUAAGAGCAUCCAUACUUGACUUUACAAAGUUUGUCAUCAUAACAUUUUCCCCUCAAAUUCAACCCUCCAUAGACAUUUCACCAGUUGCUGCUCCCAAUUUUGUAGUGUUGCCACCUGUCCUUCCACUGUAUGGCUUGAUCUUUCCUUGAUUUUGGUGUAAUCUUCAAAAGUCAUUUUGGAAACUGCUCUCCUAUUAAAGACAAAUAGGUUAACAUCAAACGAUUAAGCUGUUGCCAGGCAUUCACUUUGUAGAAUGCACCCUUUAGAUCUGUCAAACAUCUUUCAGCAUUGGUUUCUAUGUACUUUGACAGUGUUACUAUAUCUGGAGCCAGUCUUACACAGAGUUACGAUUGAUCCGAUCAAUCGUAACUCUAUGGAAAUCCAUCAGUGCCAUAAUUUGGUAAUGAGGUGGUCCCCCUUAAUGCAACGUGCCACAUCAUCACUCACUGAGUACUUCAUGCAGCAGACUUUGUUCUGGAGCUGGUGGAAAUAGCAGCUUUUCUUGUCCCACUUGAUUUUUUUUUUUUCCUUGAGAACUGCUUGAUUUCUCCGGCUUUUAUACAGUGCAUCUGUGCUUCCACAUUUCAACUCAACUUUUGCAAACCAUCUAAAGUAGUGGAAAGAUGAAACGUAAUCUUUUGGAUCUGCUUGAUUUGUUGGUCUGUAUAUGACAACUAGUCCACCUGAUUACUUCGCAGUUGUGCUUGUGAUUACCUCUCUUGCGGAUGAUAGUCAGCAAACAUUGUCUUUUUAAAAAGACUUUUCUGCCAUGUAAGCAGCCACUUCUACCUCAUUCUUAUAUUGUGGAAGAUGCUGAGGAAGUUUUUUUUUCUGAGGUUAUGCAGCAGAACAAACAAUAUGCUACCUUGUCAUAUGCUCUUUUUGAGCCGUGAUUAUGUGUUCUCAUUACAUAGGCCUAAGUGUUAUCACUUUGCAUCAUUUUUGUCUCACCUGCAUAGCAGAGUGAGACUAUACAGUAGGCGCUGCUUUUCCGACGACGGCGGCGGCGGCGUCAACACCAAAUCUUAACCGAAGGUUAAGUUUUUGAAAUGUCAUCAUAACUUAGAAAGUAUAUGGACCUAGUUCAUGAAACUUGGCCAUAAGGUUAAUCAAGUAUUACUGAACAUCCUUCCUGAGUUUCAUGUCACAUGACCAAGGUCAAAGGUCAUGUAGGGUCAAUGAACUUUGGCCAAAUUGGGGGUAUCUUUUGAAUUACCAUCAUAACUUUGAAAGUUUAUGGAUCUGAUUCAUGAAACUUGGACAUAAUAGUAAUCAAGUAUCACUGAACAUCCUGUGCAAGUUUCAGGUCACAUGAUUAAGGUCAACGGUCAUUUAGGGUAAAUGAACUUUGGCCAAAUUGGGGGUAUUUGUUGAAUUACCAUCAUAACUUUGAAAGUAUAUUUGUCUAGUUCAUAAAACUUUGAAGACAUAAGAGUAAUCAAGUAUCACUGAACAUCCUGUGCGCAUUUCAGGUCACAUGACCAAGGUCAAAGGUCAAUGAACUUUGGCCGUAAUGGGGGUAUCUGUUAAAGUACCAUCAUAACUUUUAAAGUUUAUGGAUCUGACUCAUGAAACUUGGACAUAAGAGUAAUCAAGUAUCACUGAACAUCCUGUGCGAGUUUCAGGUCACACGACCAAGGUCAAAGGUCAAUGGAUAUUGGCCAUGUUGGGGGUAUUUGUUGAAUUACCGUCAUAACUCUAAGUAUAUUGGUCUAGUUCAUAAAACUUGGACAUAAGAGUCGUCAAGUAUCACUGAACAUCCCAUGUGAGUUUCAGGUCACAUGACCAAAGUCAAAGGUCAUUUAAGGUCAUUGAACUUUGGCCAUUUUAGAGGUAAUUAUUAGAUUGCUAUCAUAACUUUCAAAGUUUAUAGAUAUAGUGUAUAAAAUGUGGAUAUAGGGGUAAUCAAGUAUCACUGACAAGUUUUAGGUCACAUGAUCAAGGUCCAAUGUCAAUGAACGUAGUAUUGUAUCAUUACAUAAAUGGUGUUUUUUGUGAAUAAUUAUUUAAAUGGUGUUUUUUCAAAGUCAGCACUGCUGCUAUAUUGAAUCGCGUGAUGCAGGUGUGACCGCCAGAGGCAUUCCACUUGUUUAAAGUAACAUUUUCGUCUUGAUUCCCUUCAGGUACAUGUACCACUUCAUAUCCUGCUGGUUCACAGUUCCCAUGUUGAAUUGCUUUAUUUGAUUUAGUAAUGGGGGAGGGGGGACAUGAGAGACUGGUAUUCUUAUUAUUUCAUCUUCUUCUGACUGUCCGGAUAGUAAUCAGUCUUGGAAACUUUCAAAGUCAGUUCAGAAAGUUCAUCACACUCUUCUUGGUCAUUUGAUUGUUCAUCUUGUUCUUGGCCUAAAGAAUGAACAACGUGAUGAUCCUCUGACAGUUGUACAGAGGCUACUUUAAAUGGAAUCGUUUUGAAUUUUUUCUUUCUCGGAUGGCGAAACAAAGGCUACUUCAAAAGAAUGAUGAGGAUGUAGGCUCUCUUUCUGCUGGGAUCUUGGUACUUAAUUGCAAGUUGGACAUUUUGCAAUGUAAUCAGUCAGUUCAGCUGUCAUCAAUGAGCCAUGUGUAGUUUGUCUCUGAAUUCUGCUCUCAUUGCACUUGGGAUCACACAUUGUAGUCCUUUGAAGACUAUGCCAUCAUCGACAGUAAGUUCAAGUUUGAUGCUGUAGUACUGAUGCACGUUGCUAAAUUGCUAUCACAAUCUUGUGCUGAGCCAGGCCAUCCUUGGCAGGCGUACUUGAUCACUUUCUCCAGUGACUCGUCAUCGGCUGUUGCCUGCUUUAUUGCGAUUCUAGUAGGCUCUGAGAUUCUAAGUCCAUCUAUCAGAUGUAUUCACUCUGCUUCAUCUUCUGUCUGUGAGCGUGUUGUAUUGUCAAUGUAUGCUCUCGAUAGAGUGUCUGCAAGAUGAAGCUGAGGUCCCGGCAUGUACUGUAUGCACACAUACUGUUGAAGUCUCAAGAGCAGUCUCUUUAAGCCCUUUGGAUCUGUAUCUAACUGCUUCUAGUUUAUUGCUACCAUAGGCUCGUGAUCGGUCCACAUAUGAUCUUCCGACCAUACAUAUACUCAUGAUGUUUCUCCAAACCGAAUACUUGGGCAAGAAAUUCUUUCUCUAUUCGGAAGUACCUGGUUUCCGCUGGCAUCAAUGCUCGACUGGCAUACACGAAUGGUUGUCCAUGUUGGAGAAGUGGGAAACCGAGUCCAAACUGAGAUGCGUCUCCUUAACCCUCUGUUGGAGCUGACGCAUCAAAGUAACGCAGAACUGGAGCUUCACACUCUUUCUGCUUAAUCAAUGUUGAACGCUUCUUGUUGCUGUUCACCCCAAGUCCACACACAGUCUUUGUGGGGGAGACGGCGAAGAGGCUCGCUGAUGUUGGAGAGUGCUGGUAGGUACUUUGACAAGUCUUUCACUAUAGCUAUAAAGCGUUGCAGCGAUUCAACUGAAUCUGGUACUGGCAUAUCUGAUAUUGCUGCUACUUUCUGCGGAUCUACUUAAAGUCCGUCGCGCGAGAUGAUAUGUCCCAUGAAACAAACUUCCGCUUGCUUGUACUCAAGCUUAUCAGGAUUGAGCUUGAUUCCACGCUCGCGACGUCUGUCUAAGAACAUUCACAAAUUCUUUUCAUGAUCCUCAUUUGCUUCAUCAAGGGAAUCCCUACGACCAACUAUCAGAAUGCGAUUUUGUACAUACCUGGGAGACCCUCCAGAUUCUGAUCUAAGUGACAUCGAAAAAUUUCUGGAGCUGGACUAAUUCCAAAAGGCACUCUUUGCCACCUGAACCUACCCCAUGGGGUUUGAAAUGUUGUCAGAUAAGAGGGCUCUUGGUUCAAUUCGCACUGUAAGAAACCUUAUUUACAAUCUGCUGUAGUAAAGACUUUAGCCUUGUUCAUCAGAGGUAAACACAUCUUCCAUUACAGUUAACGGGUAAUGACCUCGCUUUAGAGCACAAUUCAAAUACUGCGGGUCUAUGCAUACUCUAAUUUUACCCGAAGGUUUUUUGCACUACUUCUAAUCCUGAUACCCACUCUGUUGGUUCUGUUACCUAGGCAACUACAUUCAAUUUCUCUAAUCUCUGAUAUGUUACAGAGCAUGACAUGGGUAAGAUCACAGAUUAAAUAUCAUGUUUGCAUUAUAUUUUGUGGAACACACUACUUGUUUGUAAAUUCCUUUCACCACUGACUUGUGGGUCCAUGUUUUCACUUAUUCAUUAAUUAACUUAUUUGGUUGACUCUGGUAGACUUAACUGUAAUUUGUUGAUUUAUAAUGAGAAUUGUAGACCGGACUACAAUGCAAUACAAGGUUUAUUAUGCAAUAUGGUUGACUGCAUGGGAGAUAUGUGUAUCUCUUUAUUUAACAUUGUAUUGUAUCAAUAAAUUAUUUUGAUAUCAGA